AGCAUCGAUUAAAUCGCUUAAGGCUCCAGGAAAAAGGAGAAACAACCCCGGAAGGUCGAGAGAGUUCCUUACAGAGCACCCCCGGCCCCCGCCGCGGCCAGUAACGACGCCCCCGACGUGGCACUGAGCGCCCCCCGUGGGACACAUCCUCCACGCGUGCUCCGCCCCUCCCCCCCCACCUUCCCAAAACUCGGCCUGAAGCGAAUCCUGGGACAGGACGCAGGCCAGACGCCCGGAGCGCACGGGAUCGCCUGCAAGCCCAGGGUCCGGGCUCUGCAGAAGCCAAGGACCGACGCAAGGCGACACGGGGCGGCGUGACCGUGGGCCCGGGGCUGCAGCAGCUCCCGCGCGCCGGUGUCCCCGGGGCCCCAGACCACCGCGCCCCCAGCCCCGGGCCACCUGCUUCUCCGAGACGCAACCUCUGGGGGCAACGCCUAUGCCUCCCUCACAAGCAAGCAAAGGGGGGUCACGGAGAACGGACCCCCCUACCCUCGGGAGCCGCCUUCUCAAGUUUUACCGCAGCCGCACCUAAGUUCCAAACCCGCCCACGGCACGUUCCGCGCGUGCGCACAGCCCUCCUCUCCCGACACUUAUUUCGCGCGCCUGGAGGGGCAGAUUGGGCCCGCCGGGCGGAAAUGCGCCUCGGCCGGUUCCGGUGACCGGGUCGGCGGCCAGGGUGGCGGCAUGGAGGAGGAGGUUCCUCACGACUGUCCCGGGGCUGACAGCGCCCAGGCGGGCCGAGGGGCCUCCUGUCAGGGAUGCCCCAACCAACGGUUGUGUGCCUCUGGGGCUGGCGCCGCUCCGGACCCGGCCCUAGAGGAGAUCAAGGAGAAGAUGCAGCCCGUGAAACACAAGAUCCUGGUGCUGUCCGGAAAGGGCGGUGUGGGGAAGAGCACCUUCAGCGCCCACCUCGCCCACGGGCUGGCAGAGGACGAGAACUCGCAGGUCGCUCUCCUAGACAUUGAUAUAUGUGGGCCGUCCAUCCCCAAGAUAAUGGGACUGGAGGGAGAACAGGUUCACCAGAGUGGCUCGGGCUGGUCUCCGGUGUACGUGGACGACAACCUGGGGGUGAUGUCGGUGGGCUUCCUGCUCAGCAGUCCCGACGACGCCGUCAUCUGGAGAGGACCCAAGAAAAACGGCAUGAUCAAGCAGUUCCUCCGCGACGUGGACUGGGGCGAGCUGGACUACCUCAUCGUGGACACCCCACCGGGGACGUCAGACGAGCACCUCUCGGUCGUCCAGUACCUGGCUGCGGCACACAUCGAUGGGGCUGUGAUCAUCACCACCCCGCAGGAGGUGUCGCUCCAGGACGUGCGGAAGGAAAUUAACUUCUGCCGCAAGGUGAAGCUGCCGAUCGUCGGGGUGGUGGAGAACAUGAGCGGCUUCGUCUGCCCCAAGUGCAAGAAAGAGUCGCAGAUAUUCCCCCCGACGACAGGGGGCGCGGAGGCCAUGUGCCGGGACCUGGCGGUGCCCCUGCUCGGCCGCGUGCCUCUGGAUCCACUCAUAGGCAAGAGUUGUGACAAAGGCCAGUCUUUUUUUGCUGAAGCGCCGGACUCACCAGCCACAUUAGCCUACAGAAGUAUAAUUCAAAGAAUCCAAGAGUUCUGUGGCCUCCGCCAGUCAGAAGACAAGAACCCCGUGAGUUCCUGAGACAGAAGAGCCCCGAGGGCCACAGCAGCAGAGCCAUAGGGUUUGCCGCCAGAAUGUCCAGCCCGACCUGACCAGCUCGGGGACAGGUGGGGCUGCAGGCAGAAAGGGACCAGAGUGUGGCAUGGUUCGACGCCGCUUGGAUCGUCUGACGCCUGAACACUUCCCUGUAGAACAUAGGCCACGGGCUUUCCUUACGGGUGUGCCAUUUGUGAAAUAAAAAUGCUUCCUGGAUCCCCCCCUCCCCCCGCCGCCGCCUGGGCCUGCUUCCCGCGCACAGCAGGCCGUGGGGACGCAGCUCCAGCCGUGCAGGAGCCCAUCAGCUUCCUGUCCAAGCUGUUUCUGCCUCUGCAUGAGCAGACCUGGAACAGCACCAGCGGCGUGCACGUGUGGCCUCACGGCAGGGGACACGGCCACGUCACACGGAGGGAGCUGUCAUCAUGGUGAGCCCCACGCUGGACACGCCGCACAGCAAGACGGCAACUCCAGGCUCGCCGUCACUGCCGCGUGCCCUACAGCUGGGUCUGACACACACAGGAACUGAGACCAGCUGAGGGAAGGGGGCGUUGCUGUCUUCCAUCCCGCUGGGGCGUAAACGCAGAGGGCUGGGCAAAUCCCUUAGGUCUCUUGCUCCCGUUCUGUCAUCCCCGCCCCGGUCCCGUGCACGCCUGCUUGUGUUGGUCAGAUUUGCACGUGGUCUGUGGGAGGAAGGCCGAACCCCUCUCCAGGGCACGAGGGUGCAGCGCCCGGGGCAGCCCCACCACCUCACAGCACGGGGAAGCGCUUCCCGCAGGUUCCCCGGCCCUCGGCUGCCAGACAGCCUUGACCCCCUAACACUGGGGACUCUCGAGCUUCUGACGUCACCUGGGCGGGCCUGCCUGUGAGGCAGAGGUCAGCUACAGCCUCUAUCCUGAGACUAAACCUGCAGAGGCAGGGCGAGCCUGCUCAGAUCUGAAAGGCAUCACCUUCUCACCUCCAGAGAUACCUGCUGAGUUCAAUAAACACAGAUUCUUCCCUCAA